AUGGCAAAAGGCGCGACGAAAGCCGGCGCGAUCCUGGUCCGCGUGGUCUCCACGUUAGACACCGGGUUCUUCUACGUGAAACGGAAAAACCCGAAGAAGAUGCCGAAUAAGUUGGAGUUUCGGAAGUACGAUCCGAGAGCGAGGAAACACUGCUUGUUCGUGGAGAGUAAGCAAAAGUAG